AUGUCUCAACCCGACCUGCAGCCAAUCCCACCAACCAUGCAGGCCCUCAUACUCGAUGCGAAGAACCACACAGCAAACGUCCACAUCAUCGCAACGCCUCACCCCGGCCCUACCGAGAUCCUGAUCAAAGUCCACGCGAUAGCCCUCAAUCCCGUCGAUGCGCUCUACGUCGCUCACCCACUCGGCCAAUCCGGUCGAACAGUCGGCUCAGACUUCAGCGGCACCAUCGUGUCGCUUGGAAGCGAGGUUCCAGCCGUGGACAUCAGCGUCGGUCAGAAAGUUGCCGGCUUUCUCCAAGGGGCCUGCAGCAUCAAUGAGCGGCCUGGGGCGUUUGCGGAGUAUGUGGUCGUGCCGUGGGACCUGGUGUGGAAGAUUGGGGCCAUGCCCUUCGAGGAAGCGGCGGGUGUGAGUCUUUGUGCGUUGACGGCUGCGCAGAUGUUGAGGCGGCUUGGGGUGAGGAUGCCGUUUGAGAUGGCGGAGCAGGCCGCUGAGAUUGGAUCUGUCUUCAUUAAUGGGGCUACUACUUCAGUCGGGUCGUUUGCGGCUCAGUUGGCAAAGCAAGCAAUACCACAGGUGAAGCUAUUCGGAACAGCAUCAGAGAAGCAUUUCCCCAUGCUGGGGGACUCAUCUUACCACUAUACCAAAGUCGUCAGCUACAAAGACCCAACCUCAUGGCGCACCGCUACUCCCCACAGCAAUGGCGUGUCCAUAGCACUAGACUGCAUCUCAGAAGGCGAAACAGUGCACAACACAGCCAAAGUCCUCUCCCGGCCAGCAAAAGACAUGCACCAAAUCGCCGUCGUACGCUCCCGACAAGGCGGCGCCUGGAACACUCCCCUCGAACAACUAGGCACCGAGCCAAGCUACGGCGCAGUAUGGGAAGGUCUCGGGGAGGAUGUCGAGUAUAUGGGCAUGACGUUGCCGGCGAAUGCUGCCUCUCGCGCCUUUACGGUGGCGUUUUAUCGCUGGCUUUCUGAGGGCCAGAAGCUUGUGCCGAUCCAGGCGAGGUUCAUGCCAGGGGGACUUGGGGAGGUAGUUGGGGAUGGGUUUGUGCUGAUGGGGACUGGGACUAUGAUGGAUAGGAAUGUGGUGAGGGAGGAGGAGUAUAUGAGGCCUGUUAGUGCUGAGAAGUUGGUGUAUUGCAUUGUUUGA